CAAGUAUUGUUUUGUUCGACGGCGACGAAUAGUUAGUGUUAUCACGCCGCCGCAGCUAUCCGACUGAGAAGAAGAAACGAAAACAAAAAUGGUAAAAGCUAAGCAGCAAAAAUCAUCUAAGCCUAAGAAACAACCGCGUCAGGUGGAGAAUAAGAAGAAGAAGGAAGGAAAUGAUUGUGAUCUCUCUCAGUUCCGUGCUCAGCUUGACUCCUUAGGGCUUAAGAUCAUCCAAGUCACUGCAGACGGUAAUUGCUUCUUCAGGUCACUCGCCGAUCAAUUAGAAGGCAACGAGGAUGAACACAGCAAGUACCGUAGCAUGGUUGUACAGUACAUAGUGAAGAAUCGUGAAAUGUUUGAGCCUUUUAUCGAAGACGAUGUUCCUUUUGAGGAUUACUGUAAAACCAUGGACGAUGAUGGGACUUGGGCUGGGAAUAUGGAGUUACAAGCAGCUUCUCUUGUCACACGUAGUAACAUAUGUAUCCACAGGAGUAUGUCACCCCGUUGGUAUAUACGCAACUUUGAAGAUUCGAGAACCCGCAUGAUCCAUCUGUCUUACCACGAUGGGGAACACUAUAAUAGUGUGCGUUCCAAGGAAGAUGCUUGUGGAGGACCAGCUAGGCCUGUUGUGAUAGAGGCUGAUGCUAAAGUAUCAGCAGCAUCUAAACAAGCGAAAGCCACGGAGUGCAAGUCGAAAACCAGAAGUGAUAAGUGUGAUGUGGAUGCUGGGGCUGUUAAAGUAGUCAUGUCGGGUAGUUGUUGUGACAAUGCUGAGAAAGCUGAACAGGUUCUAGUACAAGUAAAUGGUGAUGUGGAUGCUGCGAUAGAGUUUUUGAUAGCAGAGAGAGGAAUGGAGUCUUUGACUGAAAAUGCAGCAGAUAUCACAAAUCGGAAGGAAGCGAGUGACAGUACAAUGGAAAGCAAUGAGGCUACCAAUGAGGAGGAGUCAUCUAGCUGCAGUAACAUAGAGACAGUCCUUGCCAAGUUUAGCUUACAGAACGAUGAGAAGAUCCCAAGGAAUAAAGCAUGUCCAUGUGGUUCUAAGAAGAAAUACAAGUCCUGCUGCGGAACAGCAACUGGGAGAUCCUCUGUUAAACUGUUAGUGAGCCAAACAAUGGAGUCAAAGAAGGGGAGAAAGAAUCUACGGAGAGGAACAUCGAAUGAAAUUGAAACAAAUGCACCAGAUUUGGGUGCUCUUUGUAUAUAAUGAAGUCUCACUCUCACACACAUACACAAGUAUAAAGGGGCAAAGAAGAUGAUCUUCUAAGGAUGGAUUGAAUAUUUGACAUAACAGCUUUGCUCAGAGGUAUGGGAUUAUUUAUGAAUUUUUGAUUCUAAGGAUGAUUUUACUCUCGGGUUUAGCUUUUGUUGUAUGAUUAAUUUACCGAAAGAAUAAAAACUCUUGCAGAACAUAUAUGCAUACAUAGAAGAUAGCUAUUGAAAUAACCCAAUUUCUAAAAAGUUUAU